AUGAAUUUGUUAAAUAAUAAUUUGUUUUAUGAAAAAAAAAAUAGAUAUGAAGAAAAUGAAUUAAAUUAUUCAAAAAGUUUUCUUGAAGAAUAUUCAUUGAAUAGUAUAAAAAAAAAUUAUGAUAAUAAUUUAUGUGUAAAAUGUACAUGUUUGCAAAGAAUGAAUAGUUCGUGUGAGAUAAAUAAAAUUGAUGAAGAUAUAAUAAAACAAAAAAAUGUGUUGGAUAAUAAUAUAUUUAAUCCUCAAAAUAAUUUCAUUUUAAAUAAUAAUAUAAAUAAUAAUAAUAUUCAUAAUAAUGUUCAUAAUAAUAAUGGUAAUAUUAUAUAUCCUUUAAAUUCAGGUAAUAUCAAUGUAUUGUAUGAAUCUCAAAAUAAUUUUUGUGCUUUACAUGAAUGUGUAGAUACUCAAUACCAUGCAAAUAUGAAAAAUACAUUAAUUAAUUCCCAUUCAAUAAAUAAUAAUAUGAAUAAUAUAUUUAAUACAAAAAAGAGUAAUACUCAUAAUAUUUUUCAUACAAAUAAUAAUUUAAAAAAUUUAUUAUGUCAAAAUAUUCAUAAUAUUCCAAGUAACAAUAUAAAUAAUUCAAAUAAUCAUAUUUAUAAUUCUUUAUAUAAAAAUUUUAAAAAUAUUCCCAAUCAAAGUAUAAAUAAUAAUAAUAUAAACAAUAACAAUAAUUAUAUUAAUAAUAACAAUAAUUAUAUUAAUAGUAACAAUAAUUAUAUUAAUAGUAACAAUAAUUAUAUUAAUAGUAACAAUAUUAAUAAUAAUAAUAAUAAUAAUAUUUGUGGUCAACCUUUUAACAAUUAUUUAUAUUCAAAUUUAAACAAUAAUGUAAGUCACCAAUUACCGCCAAAUUUAUCACAAGUUUUAAAUAAAAAUCAAAUAUUAAAUCAAGGCAAUAAUAAAGAAGUUGAACAACAAAAUUCAAAUAAUAUAUUAAAUAAAAAUAUUAAUUUAAAUAUUCCUUAUCCUUAUAUUCAUAAUACAAAUAAAUAUGUUGAUAACCAUAACAACAAUAUUUUCAACACACUCGAUUAUAUUAAACUUAAACAAUUCAAUAAUACUCAAAUAAAUAAUAAUGCCUUAUUAUAUCCUAAUUUAAAUAUCAAUACAUUGAAUAAUAUGAAUAAUAAUAAUUUGUCAAAUCACGAUUUUAAUAAACCAAAUUAUGUUAAAAAUGAAAUGAACAAUAAAUAUGCCACAACCGUGGUAAGUAGAAAUAAUCCAGUAGAUAUUUUGACUACUUCUAUGGGUAUAAACCAUCAAAUGAAUAUACAUCAACCGUCAAGUACAAUAGCACCUGUUGCUAUAAAUCAAUCAUCUAACACAAUUAAAUCUGUUGGGAUAAAUCAUCUAUCGAAUGUUAUAUCACCCGUUGAUAUUCAUACGAACGGAUUAGGAAAUUUACAAAUAACCAAUAUUGGCACUAAUACAUUAACACCCAAUUUAGGUAUAACUAGCCAUCCGCAAUUUAAUGUCACAAAUUUUGAUCCAACCCAAAACAAUCCGUUCAUAUACUGUUCAGAAAAUAGAAAUGUUUCUGACAAAAUUGAAAGUGAAAAUGCUUAUCAUUUCGUUCAUACAAAUAAUGAAUUAAUUUCUAAUAAUCAUUUAUAUAAAGAAAUGUAUAACAAGAGUAAUACUGUUGAUAAUAAUCCGUAUGAUGGUCCAUAUAAAAAAAAAAAGUCUUGUUAUUUGUUAAAUAACCAAAAUUUAAAUUAUGAAUUAAAUAAAGAAGAAAAUGUGGAAAUUAGGAACAAUCUAAUUGCAAAUAAAUGUAUGAAUUUAAAUGAAAGUAGACUCAUAAAUAAAUCGGGUUAUAAUAUUUAUGUGCAAGAUAAAUAUGGUGGUGAUCAAUUUAGUGGUUUUGAUAAACAUAAUGAUUAUGAUGAAAAAUUAAGAAGAAUUUCGGUUCAUAUGGGAGAUAAACGUGAAUAUAAAAGAGGCUAUAUUUCUAAUAGAGUAUCUGUAAGGAGUUAUAAUAAUAAUGAUGAAGAUGAUAAAUAUGGAGAACACCAUCAGUGUGGUACACAUGAUGAACGUGGUACAUCUGAUCGACAAUUUGUUAGCGCCUCAAAACGUCAUCACACAUUUAAUGAUGAUAAUUAUAGGGAGAAUAUUCCUGUGAAUCAUAAAAAAGAAAAAUGGAUAACAAAUAAAAAUGAUGAAAAAUAUAUUAGCACUGAUGAAUAUUCAUCAGAUUCUGAAAGAAGUGGAAAGGAAAUAUAUAAAAAAUAUUCUACAUAUGAUAAUAAAAGGGAGGAAAGAAAAAUACAUUUAAAUCAAACUAUGUAUAAAGAUGAAAAAAAAAAUAAAAAAGAAUAUGCAUCUAAUUAUUCCCAUUCCCGUACAUCAUCUAACAUGUCUUCUUGUUCGUCUUCAUCUUUUUUUACAAGCAAUUUAAAAGAAAAGAGAAAAAAAAGGAAAAUGAAUAAAGAACCCUUGCACGCUACUGUAACUAAAAAGAAAAAAAGACCUACGGUCAUAGACUUUUUAAAUGAAAAAUGGAACCGUAAUUCUUAUAAUGAUGAUAUAAGUAAUAAAAGUGUAGAUAGUAUAACAAAAAAGGAGGAAGAAAAAAAAUGUGCUUAUUAUAAAGAUGAAGAGAAUCACAAUAGUGACCAUAAUAAUCAUGAUAAUCAUGAUGAUGAUGAAAAUGAAGAAUUGAAUAACAGAAAUAAUUAUUUAUCUUCUUCUAGAGAAUAUAAAGAAAAUGAUAAAAUGAAGACUCAGAAAGAAUGGGACAAAAAGGAAGAAACAAAAGAAUCGAAAAUUGCAACGCACAAUAAAAGUUACAGUGGAAGUACAGAGGAAAGUGAUAAAAUAGAAGAGACCAUGAGUGAUCAGAAGAAUGAUAAUAAAAUUAAUAAUAUGAAUAAGAAUAUAACCAAAGACACCGUUAAACGUAGAGGUCGAAAACCAAAAGCAUUAAGCCAACCAAAUAAAAAUACCGUUGAAGAGGGAAUACCAAACGAGAGUGAAGAAACAUAUGAAAGCACAAGUUCUAAUAAAAGUUGUGCAUUAUAUGAUUGUGUUAAAAAUAUUGAAGAGGUCGAAGGGUGUAGUUUAGAUGUUGGCGAGGAAGAAGAAGAAGAAGAAGAAGAAGAAGGAGAAGAAGGAGAAGAAACAGAUAAUGAAACAGAAAAGGAAAUAUAUGACAAAAUGAAUGACAAAAUAAGUAACGAAUCAUAUAUAAGAAAUGAUACCAGAAGCCAUUCCAAAUUAAAUAAUAUUGUUGAUGAGAGUGGAGAACAAAACGAUGUUAACAAAUUGAAAUACAAAGAAAAAGGAACGAUAGCACAAAAUGUACAACAAAAUAAUGAUAUAAAGGAAGAACAAAGAAAAGAGGACAUAAAUAAUAGCUGUAAUGAAAGUAUGUUAUCAUCAGGAAAUGAAUCUUCUAGUGAAUAUACAGAUAAUUCAUUAGAAGGAGAAUCAGAUGAAGCUUUUGAUUAUUUAAUGGAAUCCUGCUCAGAAGAAAUAACCAGAACGGAUACAUCAUGUAAUAGUAAUAAUAAUAAUAAUAAUAAUAAUAAUAUAUAUGACAGUAUAGAAAAUGAUAUUUGUGAUAAUAAAUUUGAAGGUAUAAAUAUUGGUAGUUUUAAUAAAAAUAAUGUAAUACAUAGUGAUGUAGAGAAUAGUUGUAUAAAAGGAGGAUAUAAAAAAGAAAAAAAUAAUAAUAUAAUAAAUAAUAAUAAUUGUAGUAGUAAUAAUAAUAAUAUAAUAAAUAAUAAUUAUUGUAGUAGUAAUAAUAAUAAUAAUAUAAUAAAUAAUAAUUAUUGUAGUAGUAAUAUUAUUAAUAAUAAUGAAAAUUUAACAAAUGAUCAUCUUUAUGAUCAUUUACCAAAUGUGCAAUUUUGUUCUUAUAUACAAAAUAAAAAAAACAAAGAAAAAAAUAUAUUGUUAUCAAAAAACAUAGUAAUUAUAAAAAAUGAUAUACAUAUAAAUAAUAAAUCGUUUCCUUUUUACAGCAUCAAAAGAAAAAUGAAAGAUUUGAUUAAAGAAGAAAAGGAUAAAAGACAAAUUGAAGAUUCGAAAGAGAAUGUGGAAAGAAAAAAAUAUAUUAAUCAAUAUUAUAUUUAUAAAAAUGUUUUAAAAAAUAUCCGUUGGUAUAAAUUAGAAAAUGAUGAGAAUAAUUUAGCGAGUUGUUUAAUUAAAGAAAAUGAAUAUAUAUAUAGUAAUUUAAAAAAUAUGGAAUAUAUAAAAAAGAGAAAAAUAUUAAUUUAUAUACAUAAGUAUUUUCUUAAAAAGAAAAUCAAUAUAUAUGAAUAUAUAAUAUUAUUGUCUUAUUUAUUUUAUAAGAAAUCUAAAUAUUUAGGUAUUAAUAAAGUAUAUAUGUAUAAUACUAUGAAGAAAUUAUCACCAUAUUUAUGGUUAUUAAAUAAAAAAUGUAAUGAUAUAGAAAUACGUAAUUUUUUUUAUUAUUUAAGUAAUUUAUAUAUAUUACAUGAUUAUUUCAUAUUUAGAAUAAAUAUAUUUUUUUUUAAUUGGUUUUUAUUACAUAUAUAUAAAAUAAAAUUAAAAAAUACAUCAUAUAUAGAAGAUAUAAAUUUAUUAUCAAAUAUUAUGAUAGGUUUCUUAUCAAAUAAAAAAUUUCGAAAUUAUUCUAUGGUUUUUUUAAUAAAUGUAGUACUACAGAAAAAUACGGGGAAAUCAUUAUAUAAAGGAUUAAAUUAUAAUUAUGUGUGUGCCUUAUAUAUAACCUUCUUUUCGAAGGUAAUAUGCUUAUCAGAAGGAUACACAAAAUAUAUGAUAACAUGUGAGCAUUUUUUGAAAAGAAGUAAUUUAAAUGAUGUAUUGAUUUGUACAAAAAAAGAAUAUGAAAUAAGAGAAAAAAAAGAAAUAAAAAAUAAAGGUGAUAUGAAUCAUACAAAUAGUAUAGAAUAUCAAGAGGACAAAACAAAUAAAGAAUAUAUAAUGAAUAAAUUGAAAAUCCAUGAAAAUAUAUCCAUAAGACAAGAUCUGAUAAUGUUGUAUAUUUUAUAUAUGUCUAAAUAUAAUUAUUGUAUAUAUAUAAAUAUUUUGAAACAUGUUUUUAUUGAUGUUAUAAAAUUUAAAUUAAAUUAUAACUUUAACAAGAUUAAAAUUAAAAGUAAGUUUCUUUAUAAGAAAAUUUAUCGAUGUUUCCAAAAUAUAAAAAAAAAUAUGAGCAAGUUAUAUAAGAUGAAUAUGAAAGGAAUAAGAAGAAAAGGGAACACAUUAGGAGAUAACACGAAUGAUAAUAAAAGAAAUAAAUAUAAUAAAAGAAAUAAAUAUAAUAAAAAAAAUAUAUAUAAUAAAAAAAAUAUAUAUAAUGAAAAAAAUAUAUAUAAUAAAAAAAAUAUAUAUAAUGAAAAAAAUAUAUAUAAUGAAAAAAAUAUAAAUAAUGAAAAAAAUAUAUAUAAUGAAAAAAAUAUAAAUAAUGAAAAAAAUAUAUAUAAUGAAAAAAAUAAUAAUAUAUAUAAUAACAAAUGUUAUGAUCAUAUUUUAUACGAAUUUGAUUGUAAUAAGAAUUAUUCAUUGGUAUACUUAUUUAUAGGUAUACUCAUAGAAUACAUAUCCUUCUGCUUUGAUGAUAAAAUUAAUCUAUAUUUCCAGGAUGAACAAUGUGUUAAGGAAGGGUAUUCAUCAUUAUUUAUGUAUCUCAAAGAAUAUACAAAUAUCAUAUUCAAAUAUAUGAAAUUCAUUACAAUAGAUGUUAGUAGAAAAUAUGAAAACAUAUGGAUAAGAAAUAUUUUCACCUUAAUUAAUUUAAAAAAAAUGGAUACUUUAGAUAAUUAUUUUGAUGCUUGUUCGAUAGAAUAUAUAGAUAACAGUGUAUGUGAUGAUUAUAAUGAUAAGAACAUGAAUCAGAUUCAAGGUAACAUAGAAGGAAGUAAUAAUUAUAAUAAUAAUAAUAAUUAUAAUAAUAAUCAUAAUAAUAAUAAUAAUUAUAAUAAUAAUUAUAAUAAUAAUAAUAAUUAUAAUAAUAUUUAUAAUUUUGAUCAUAUAUUUUCGAAACAUAAAAAAAUUAAUAUUAAUAACGAAUCAAAUAUAUUUGUGGAGAGAGGUGCAACUAAUAAACAUAUAGAAGACAAACAUAUAGAACAAAAUAAUAUAAUAUCAUUAUUUAAUAAUGAUGUAAGUAAUGUAGAUAUUAACAAAAUAUAUGUUAAUAAUAUAUAUGAUGAAGAAGAAAAAAAAAAAGGAAAACUUUAUAAUUAUGGGAAUAUUGAAAAAAAUGUUGAUAUCAAAAUGUCAAAUAAUUUAAAUAUACAUGAUAUAAGAAGAAAUAUAAUGUGUAAUGAUAAGGAUAUAUUUAUAGAUAAGACCGAAAGUUUUGGUACAAACAAAAUGUUUGAAAAUAAGAACAAUUUUGAUGGUUAUACAUAUGAUAUGGAUAAAUAUAAUAUAGCUCAUAUAGAAGAUGAAAAGAGUUAUAAUAAGAAGAACUUAUCAAAUUAUUAUAAUAAUUAUAAUUUUAUAGAAAGUACUUUUUAUAUGUUAUGUAAAUGUUUAUUAUUAUUUAAUAAGAAUAUAUUAUUUCGAAAAAUAUUUGAUAUAUUAUUUUUAUUUUUUAUUAAUAAAAUAAGAGUAGAGGUACUUAUUCAUUUUUUAUCGAUGAUAUAUACCAAAAAACAAAGUAACUUGGGUAAAAUAAUAAAAAAUAUUUUAAUAAAAAAUAAGAAUCCUAUACUUUUACAAAAUAUAUAUGUAAUAAAUUAUUUAUUAAAAAGAAAUAUAUUCAACAUGGAUGAUGAUAUAUAUUUUACUGAUACAAAAAAUAUAUCUAUGGUACCUUUUUAUUCAUUUUAUUUUAAAACCUGUGAAAUACAAAAAAGAAAUAUAUUGAAUAGAAAAAAAAAGCAAAUAUUAAAUAAACAAAAAAAGGAAAUAUUAAAUAAACAAAAAAAGGAAAUAUUAAAUAAACAAAAAGAGGAAAUAUUAAAUAGACAAAAAAAGGAAAUAUUAAAUAUAUGGAAUAGCUCCAAUUCUGUAGACUCACGUUUGUAUAUAAAAUGUUGUUCUUGUAUUUUUUUAUCAUAUAUUAUUUUUUUUGCUUUAAUUUUUAAAAAUUUGGAAAUGUAUUAUAUGCACUUUACUAAAUUUUCUUUUAACUUGAAAAAUUUGUCUGAUUACAGAAGAAUAAAAAUCAAGAAGCAAAAAAAAAAAAAAAAAAAAAAAAAAAAAGCUAUUAUGCAGGAUAUGUAUAUUAAUAAAAGCAAAUAUUAUGAUACAGCAAUGUGUAAAAAACAACAUGAGAUGAAAAAUAUAUUAAUGAAUGAUAUGUACUAUUUCAAAAAUACAAUUCAAACAAAUAACGAUAAUAAUAAAGAGAAGGACAAAACAAAUGAUAUUUUUGAAGAUCAUUUUUUGUUGUAUGACAAUUUAAAUGCUGAUGAUUUGGUUUAUUAUAUAUUGUGUCCUAUGAAAUAUAUAUCCAAAAAAAAAGACCUUCUGAGUAAUAGAUAUGCAAAAGAUGAUACGUUUCUUUUUCUUAAUAAAAGGAUGUUAUGUGUAUAUUACAAUAUUCACAAUAAAUAUGAAAAGGGUAUAUCAGGAGAGCAUUAUUUAUAUGAAUGGAGAAAUGGUUAUAUUAAUAGAAGAGAUGAUAAAAUAAUAUAUAAAAAAGAAAAAAACGAAGAAAAAAAUAAAACCACAAUAGUAAAUAAUAAUGACAACAAUAAUGACAAUAAUAAUGACAAUAAUAAUGACAAUAAUAAUGACAACAAUAAUGACAACAAUAAUAAUAAUUAUCAUUAUUGGUCUUUCCCCAAAAUGGAUGACUUUAUUAACAAAUGUGGUGUUCUUACAAAUAAAUAUGACUUACAUAUAUAUACCGUCAUAAAUAAUUAUAAUCUCCAUGUUACAGAAAAAAUGUUAUAUUUAUUAAUGUUAAUGUUUAAGCACCAUAUUGGAAAGGAAAAAGAAAAAAAAAAUGGUGAUAAUGUUGUAGGGAUAGGAAAUAACCCAGAUUUUAAUUUAUUUAAUAAUAUAGAAAGGAAUGUAGAAAUAAAUGAGAAAAAUGUAAUAGAAGAAUUUUAUUUCCUGGAUGAAUAUAUUGCUUAUCAUAUUUUAUAUUUAUUAUAUGAAACAAAAAAUAAAUAUGAUGAUGUAAAUAUUACAAAUGUGUAUACAAAAAUGCAUGGAGGUAUAUUAAAAAUAAAUUUGGAUAAAAAAUAUAAAAAGAAAUUAUGUAGCAAUAAUAAACAUCAUAUGAAUAAAAACAUAAAUAAAGCAGAACAAAUAUAUGAUCAUUAUAUGAGUGUUAUGAGUUUUAUUGAUAAAUGGAAUAAAAAUAAUAUAGAGUAUAAUAAUAAAAAAAAAAAAACAAAUAUGAAAUCUAGAAGAAAUAAAUAUACAAAUAUUGUUAUAGAUAUAUAUCCAUUAAUAUUUAUGUCCUUAGUCAAAUUAUUAAACGGUACCAUCAAAAUUAAUGAUAAUAAUGUACAAACAAAAGCAUUUGAUGUAAAGAAUGAAAUCUUCCCAUUGAAUUUACACAUAUAUGUUGAAUUAAAUACAAAGGAUGAAUGCGAACAAAUACAUGAAAUAUCCAUUUUAUAUGGAGAUGUUAUAUCUUCGAAUUAUAAUACUCUAAAGAAUUGUCUAUGUACUGAAUUUUUUUCUACAAAAAAUGAAGAUAACAUGAACAAAAGACAUAAAACCAACAAUAUAAGUAAUAAUUUUAUAAAGAAAAAAAAAUAUAUGAAUGAUACAUAUGAAAACUGUUCUUUUAAUAAAUUAAAAAGGAAUUAUACAAAUUGUAUAUCUCCCUUCACCCCAAAAAAAAAAAAAAAAAAGGAAAGACAUUUUUGUGAUAUAUUAAGAAACUAUGAUAAUAUAAAUUAUUCUAUAUAUGGUAACUUGAUUGUAAAAUUAUUAUAUAAAGAAAUAAAAAGUGAUUUUUUCUUAUGUCAAGAAUAUUAUGAUGAAAAUUUAUACAUAUAUAGAAGCUUAUUAAUAAUUUUGUUGAAUAAAUAUUUUUGCUCAGGAUAUAAUUUUUUCUCUUUUAAAAAAAAGUUUGUCUUUUUCUUUAUUCAAAGAUUGUUUAGAUUAUUGUGUUUUAGAUUGAUGUGUUUGUUUCUUUCAACGGUUCAUCUGAAUAAGUUUACAAGUGAAAUAAUAAUUAUAGACGAUAAAUUUUUGAUACAAAAUUAUAAACUGCAUGUUAGGAAGAAGAGGAGGAUACAAAUGAAAGAGCAGGGGACCAAAAAGAGAAAGCGUUUCUUUGAUAAAAAGUCGUAUAAUCUGUAUAAGAAUUAUACCGAAAAUUUUUAUUUUAAUUCUAAUUUGUUGGAAUGUAUGGAUGGUGUGAUGAGUGACGAGGUCCAAGUGGAUGAUGAGGAUGAAAAUGUUGAUGAAGAGGAUGAGCAAGAAGAAGAUGAUCAAGAAGAAGAUGAUCAAGAAGAUGAGCAAGAAGAAGAUGAUCAGGAAGAAGAUUAUCAAGAAGGUGAUUAUGAUGAAAUACAAAAUUGUGGUAAAAUACAUAAUUAUGAUAAAAUACAAAAUUGUGGUAAAAUACAUAAUUAUGAUGUUAUAGAAAACGUUUAUUCUCAUAAAGAAGAAGACACCGGAAAACACCAUUUUGUAUCAACAUUAAAGAAUGAUGAUGAUAAUAUCCUGAAGACAGAUUUAAGAGAUAUAAAAAAAAAAAAGAAGAAAAUUAUUAUUUAUAAGCCAUUUGUAGCCUUUGGAAGUUUAAUUAUGACAAAAAGGGAAGUAUUAAGAUUGAAAUUGUUGAAAGAAGGGGAAAUUAAAAGGGAAAAUAUAUAUCUAAAUAAGAGUAUAUUGAAGAAUAAGAAUAAGAGUAUUCACCAGAAAAAUAUUCCCAACAUAAACAAUAAUAAUAAUAAUAAUAAUAAUAAUGACAAUUUUUUUAAUAAUAAUAAUCAUAAUAAUAACAAUUUUUAUAAUAAUAAUAAUCAUAAUAAUAACAAUUUUAAUAAUAAUAAUACAUAUUGUAAAUAUAACAAUAAUUAUAAUUAUAAUUAUAAUUGUAGUAAUAAUUAUUAUUCAAAUCAACGUAUUGAUAAAGAUUCCGUACACAUGUCAAUCAUAUCCAUUAUCAUGCUACUAAACGUACUAAGAAAGAAUUGUAAUUAUUCCCUUAUGAUAAAUUUUUAUAUAAAUAUGUUAAUAGAAAAAUUUUUAGAAAAGAAGAAAUAUAUGCAUAUUGAUGAUUAUUAUUUAAUAAAUAGUUAUUCUGUAAAAUUAAUAAAUCCUUUACAUAAUUUCCAUAAGGUUGAAUUUUAUAUAUGCAGUGAAAAUAAUUCCAUAAAAAAAAAAAUGGAACAAAUUAAUAAUGGAUAUAAAUUUUAUUCUUCAUCAUGUAAAUUAAAAAUUUUUGAAAUAAUUUUUUAUUAUACAUUAAAAGUUUAUUUAUGUUUUAUAAAUAAAAAUUAUAUAGGUACCUUUAUAUCAAAAAUAGCAAGGAUGAAUAAUAUAUAUACGAAUGAAAAUAUUCAUUUCAAAUUUAAAAUUAAUAAAUUACUUUGUAAUACACUGAAUAAUUUAUUAAUAGAACAAAUGAUUAAUAUAAAAUUAAAUAAAAAUAUUUUAAUCAAUAUUAUAUCUGCAUGUAAGUUUUUUUUUAUAUCUCUACUGGAGGAAACGGAAUGUCCUCAUUUACUUUUAAAUGAUUAUGUUCUUGAUAUAUUGGAUUUUAUACAAACGAAUAACAAUCCUUUAUGGAAUGACCAGCGUGUUGUAAAACAAGCUCAAAAGUGUGUUCAAGAAAAAUCGCUCUAUCUUGUUGGUAAUUCACAAGGGUAUCGGUUCUACGCUUUGGAGGACGAAAAAUAUGCACGUGGCGAGUAUAUUUGGGAUGACAAAGAUGGAAAAUAUGAUUGUACAUAUGAAUUAGUUAAUACAAGGGUUGUAGCUAAGGAUGAUAUACAACAUGGGGAAGAUAUACAUGUUGAAGACAUACAAAAUGUUGAAGAAUUAAAAAAUGCUGAAGAAUUAAAAAAUGUUGAAGAAUUAAAAAAUGUUGAAGAAUUAAAAAAUGUUGAAGAAUUAAAAAAUGUUGAAGAAUUAAACAAUGUUGAAGAAAUAAAAAAUGUUGAAGACAUACAAAAUGUUGAAGAAAUAAAAAAUGUUGAAGACAUAAAAAAUGUUGAAGACAUAAAAAAUGUUGAAGACAUAAAAAAAGUUGAAGACAUACAACAUGUAAGUCGUCUCAUUCCUCAUGAUAAUGUCACACAUUAUAAUGACAAAAAAUUGUACAUUCCACUACAUGACGAAAUAAAGUAUAGAGAUCGUGCUAACAAUAAUUUAUGUAAUAAUAAGGAUACAUUAAAUAUAUAUGAUAAUAAUAAUGUGAUGAUAAAGAAUUGUGCUAAUUCAAGUGUAAGAAUAAUAUAUAAAAGAAAAAUGAACAUAAAUUAUGAAGACCAUUAUUAUUAUAAUAAUAAUAAUAAUGUGAGUAUGAUGAGAAAUCGUGUGAUAUAUAUGAAACCUAAUGAUAUAAAUAAAUUAAUAUACUCCUUUGAAAGAUUAAAUGAAAAUAUAUUCGAUUGUGCUGAUUAUAUAUAUAAACAUAUUUUUAAAAAUAAGAAAGAAAAAAUAAAUGACGAAAAAAAAUUCUAUAAAAAUAUUUAUUUAUGGUAUUUGAAUUGUAUUCAUAUUAUUAAUUUACAAAUAUAUGUAAUGUCUCAUUUUUAUAAUAAUUAUCAUAAUACUACAAUUCAUAUAAAAAAUAAGAAAAAUGUAAACAUAAAUAAUAUGAACAAUAAUAAUAAUAAUAUUCUAUACCAUUCUUUACAAAUCAAUAUGAAUAUAAUAAAAGGAAUUAAUAAGAUAAAACAUAAUAUUGAACGAUAUCUAAAAGAAACUAAGCAAUAUUAUGAAAUUAUAAAAAAUAAAGAAGAAAUAAAAGAAGGAAAAAAAAAAAAAGACAAUAAAAAUGAAACAAAAUAUUCUCUUGUACAAAAUAAUCAAACGGAUACAAAUAUAUUCAAUAUAACUAAUGAGGAAUGUAUCGAAGAUUAUGAAGAAUUAAACUCAUUUUUAGAUUUUAACUUAGAUAAACAAUCGGGUAUAUUGUUGGAAGGUACUACAACUAAUACAAAUAAUAAUUUAUUAGAUCAAAAGGUUAAUGAAAAUGUUUAUAAAAUGUCCAAUUAUCUGGUGGAUGAGGACUGGUUAAUGUAUAUACGGUCUCUAAUCUGA